CCCUGCGUCACGACACACACACGCGCACACGCGCACAGUCCUGAAAUAACUUUACCUGGCGAGUUGCGUGUCUCUCCGUCACUCAGCGCGCGUGAGGUGGGGUUUACUGAGGCACAGGCUCUAAAUGGCGAGUCGAGGUUCGGAUGCAGGACGACAUCUUCCUCUGCAGCCUCAUCAUCAUCAUCAUCAUCAUCACACCGAACCGGCGCCAGAACCUGCUGUCCGCGAGGCGCAGAGAUGGAUAGAGGCGGUGACCGGCAGGAGUUUCUCUGACAGGGACUUCAGAGCUGGACUCGACAACGGCAUUUUACUCUGCGAACUGCUGAGCUCGAUCAGACCGGGUCUGGUGAAGAAGAUAAACCGGCUGCCCACUCCUGUAGCUGCUCUGGAUAAUGUGGCGCUCUUCCUGAAGGGUUGUGAGGAGUUGGGUUUGAAGGGAUCGCAGCUGUUUGAUCCUGGAGAUCUGCAGGACUCCUCCACACGCACCAACAAGAGUCCAGACAACAACAAGAAGUUAAAACAUGUUCUGAUCACUAUCUACUGGCUGGGUCGAGCAGCCAAUAGCAGCGCUUCUUACAACGGGCCCACGCUGGACCUGCAGGAGUUUGAGGGACUGCUGUCACAGAUGAGAAAGGAAGCAGAGGAGUGGGACAGCCCGCAGCGCAGCAUCAGGGACAGCGGUUAUAUCGACUGCUGUGAGUCCGAGCGCAGCGACUCUCUCUCCCCGCCGAGACACACGCGAGACGACUCCUUCGACAGCCUGGACUCCAUCGGCUCACGUUCCCAUCAAACCCCCUCGCCCGACGGCCUGCUCGCCCGCGGCUACAGCGAUGGCCGCGGCAGCGACUCGGAGUGCGACACCCCCCAGAGGAAGAUGCCGGACGUGCGCAAGGACGACAUGCUGGUGCGGCGAACUUCCUACAGCGAGCCGCGGACCGCCGUUCCUUUCAACCAGUACCUGCCCAACAAGGCUAACCAGAGCUCAUACAUGCCCGCACCGGUGCGACGCCCGCGGUCAGACCGAGACGACAACUGCAAAAGCUGGAGUGACACGACCUCACCUGUUGGAGGAGAGAGGCCUUUCAGUGGGAGUGAAACCCUUUCGUUAGAACUGUCCUCUGUGCUAACAGGAAGUGAUGUUGACUGUGUAGAGUCUCAGCAAAUAGAUACUGAGUCUGAACUGCAGUACUCCAGAGCGUCUCCUCAAAAUGACUCUUCUCCUAAAGACCCCAUUUCUAUGAAUCCACAACUCAGUGACCCUCAGAUUAGAUCCCCCCUCCAUCCUUCUGUCCGACCCCAACCUCAAGAGCAGAACCUCUCAGACCGUGAGAAGAUGGAGGAGAAGGAGAGAGAUGGAUGGGCCACUUUCUGCCAAAUUCCUCUAAACUCCACGGAUCCCCUUCAGAGCGACUUACAGAUGUCCCAUAAUCAGACGGCAGGAAAUGAUACCAGAUUCAGACGUUCAUCUAGUGUGUUUGAUGAUCCCGAGAGUGUGAGCAUGAUUGACAUGAGAAGCGAGGAAGACUCUAUGUUGUCACCCCACAGUCAAGUUCGACAUGAGCUCAUGCACAACCAGUACAACGAGCUGAAAGAGGAAGAAGACCACUGGCAGGACGACUUGGCCAAAUGGAAGAGUCGCAGAAGGAGUGUGUCUCAGGACCUGAUCAAAAAAGAAGAGGAGAGGAAAAUGAUGGAGAGACUGUUGAGUGGAGAUGGAGGAUCACAGAGAAGGAAAAGCAUCAAGACGUACAGAGAAAUAGUGGAGGAGAAGGAGCGCCGUGAACGAGAGUUGCAUGAAGCGUACCGGAACGCCCGCACACCAGAGGAAGCAGCUUCUGUGCUGCAACGUUAUGUCCAGCGCUUCACCAUCAGUGAGGCUGUUCUCGAGCGCCUCAAACUCCCCAAGCUGCUGGAGAGGAGCGUGUCGGCUGACCCAACUCGCCACUCCUCUUUCCCCAUCUCCUCAGACUUCUCCUCCGCUUUCAGUGCUUCCUCAAACCCGCUGCAGUACCUGAGGCAGCAGUCUCUCCCCGCAGCCAAGUUCACAUCCACAGUCGAAGCACGGGUGACGGGAUACAGCACAGAGCAGGGAAACGCUGGAGAUACAGAGUGUGUUUCAGGUCCAUCUCGCUCAAAUGUGACAGCGCCCUCUCUCGGUCCAAAACCUUACAGACGCACCACUGCUGGGAUGAGAACAGCUAAGGUGGAUGAAGUAGUGCGAGUGAAUGGAGAAAAGGAGGAUGAAGACCACAGCAUUGAGGAGAAGGGAGGAAGAAACAGAGAGAGAGAAGAAGACUGUCUGCAGUUCUUCCCGUCUCCUUACACAGACUCAGACCUCACAGAUCCCAAUGUGUCCGAUGGAUCCAAGGUCCGGCCCACGGAGCUGACGCUCUCAUCCACACACACACCGGAGCGCUGCGAGAACGACACAGAAACCACAGAGAUUGAAGGAGGGACAGUCCCGCAGGUCGGCGACGUCUCUAAAUCCCCAGAAGUGUUGGAGAUAAAACCAGAAGAGACUGUUACAGAUCAAGAGCGGAUAGAUGAGACGAGCGACUCUCUACAGACCGUCAUUCAGAUGGACAACUCUUCUGCACAGUUGAAGGUCAAUAAACUAGCAACAGAGAUCCCUCAGAAUCAAUCAAAACCAUCUGACCCAGAAUCAUACAGAACCAAACCAGAUAUGACUGAGAAGGGUGCAAAUGUCCCUCCCGCGGUGCUGAAUCUGGUGAAGCGGGGUGAACACUUUUCUUGGAGCCCUGAGGAAGAGCGCAAGCGUCAGGAGAGGUGGCAGCGAGAGCAGGAACGCAUGCUUCAGGAGAAAUAUCGGCGUGAACAGGAGAAGUUAAAGCAGGAAUGGGAGCAGGCGCAGAAGGAGGUGGAAGAGGAGGAGAGGCGCUACCAUGAGGAGGAGAGGAAGAUUCUGGAGGAGACCGUGACCCCUCUGACCCCUCACUCACCGACCGCACCCUCAGUCCUUCCCAAAGCCCAAAGCACUUUACACUCCCAGCCCGAGCGGGAACACAAGCAGGGGCCGGUGGAGAAACAGGCGAGCUCUGAGAACUGCAGACGAAGGGAAAACGGCCUCAGUGAGGCAGCGCAGAGACAGACAGAGAGUUUACAGAUGACAGUAAGCAGUUCUCCCCUGCAGAGCUGUGUGUCAGCGGGUCAGAGAGGACGAGAGAAGCCGUCGACACUGCAGUCAGACACACCACUGGCCAACAGAGAGCAGAAUGAGACCUGGAACAAGAAUACAUCACAACCAAAACCUGGUGGACGCAAGAGGUCUGACUCUAUAGAGAACAUUGGGCCAAAUCCAUCAAGCUCACCUUCAUUCACAGACACACAAGCACCUCCAUCACCAAACAGGUCUGUCAGUGGGAAGAAACUGUGUUCCAGUUGUGGUCACCCACUUGGCAAAGGAGCCGCCAUGAUUAUAGAGACUCUCAGCCUUUACUUCCACAUCCAGUGCUUUAAGUGUGGGAUCUGUAAGGGUCAGCUGGGCGACACCAGCACAGGAACAGAUGUGAGGAUCAGGAACGGUCUGCUCAACUGUCAUCAGUGCUAUAUCCGCUCGCGCACUGCUGGUCAGCCCACCACCCUGUGAACUCACUGAUUUUAGGAGCAAAAGAAAUCAAUCCAUAAAACUCUCUCCAGUCCUCACAAUCUUCACGUACGUCAUCACAAGCACAUAUAAAAUCAAACCACUGCAACGUCUUCAAGUCAGGUUUUCUUUUCCGACACGCAACCGAGUUUCUGCCUAAACUGACAGUGUUUGUCAGCUGAAGGGUAGUUUUGUACUCUUUGACGACAAAUGGAUGACCUAUAGAUAAUUAACACUAAUGAGGAAAGGACCUGAUUUCUGGAACGACUUCACUUUGCUUUAAAUUUGCCUGAAUCCGUUCAAUCCGUUCUUACAUCGGAGUAUUCGAUUAAAUCUGGCUUCAUCUACAGCAUUCAGAUUGAGCUGAACUUUUCAAUGGCUUUUCAAUAGUUAUUUUUCUGUGUUCUUUGAGUGGAUUAAAACACUACUGUCCAAAUAUCAAGAGAUUCCUGUCUGCAAGUUAUAUUCUUUAUUUUCAAAACAUAACAUGUUAGCAUUCAUAGUGCCUCGUGAUAAACAUAACCUGUAAUUAUGGGAACACAGUCACUGUAAUCAUUCUAUUAACUACAUGGAGGAUAGUAUGUAUUUUUAUACAUAAAAAGUACAUUUGAGUUGAUAAAAAAUACAAAUGCAUGUAAACUGAGUGCUGGUUCAGACAGACAUCUUCACACAGAUACAGUUUUCAUGGAGAUCGCUGUCCUUCAGUGGUUUUGGGAAGUUGUGCCUUAAGAGAGAUGCAGCGUCUACACGAGAAACUCAAAGAGAACGAGCAAGAGUUUGGAUCCAAAGACUGUUUCUACACUCGUAUGAAAAAUGGAAUAUUUUUUGGUCAUUAAUGAUCUUAUGGAUUGCUCUUUGAAAUAAUGGAGUGUUUGCCUCGAAAUAUCUCAGUUUUGCCCUUUUCACAGCACACUGUACAUCGUUUUUCCUAGCAAUAGUAUUAUGCAAAAUUGAAAUGUUUGCCCAAACUACAAUACUUUCCUGAGCAUAUUUUUUUCCCACAUAAAAAUAACAUUUGUUUAGGCUAUAAAGAGACCCAAAGCUGGUUUUGGAAAAACACAUAAAUAUGUAUAUAAAAGAAUUAUCUUAUUUUAGUUUCAUUCUGAACAUGAUUGAAUUGAACACAUGGCAAAGCAAUACAGAUGUCCAUCAUAACACACUCACUGGCUAAAUGUGUUUCAUACGGAGCCUCUAAAGGGACAAAAAUAUGAGAUGGGAGGAAAAAUUAUAUGUUACGGUUUUUCUGUUACCUCACAAAUGUUCAUGUUCCCCUGAGAAACUUUGUUUACUCACAAAACUUGUGAACAAACGCAGUUUAGUGCCGUAAUUUUUUUCUUUUCCCCCCAUCCCAUAUUUUUUCAUCAUCAUGUCCCUUUAGGGGCUCCGUAGUUUUAUGCCUGCCAAUGUUAGCACAUUGAUAAUGUGUACCCGAAUAUGAAGGCUUUCUUGAUUGUGAAAAGCAGUUUGGCCGCCUCGCCUGUUUAAUCUUCUGUCAUGAUUUAUUUAGCCAGUUUCUCUGUGCUUCGGGUCUGGUCAUGUAUUUUAUGUUUAAAUCAUCGUAACUUUAGGUUGACACAGGGCCAAGGCUUUUGCCAGGCAAGUUAUGUGUUGUUUAGGAGGGAAAUAGUUACCUUGGAAAAUAUAUAUUACAUCUAAGGUAUAUUUAUUGAGUUAUUCAAAUCCCAAAUCUAUACUAUCCAAAAACAGAUUAAUUUGAUGUUCAAAUGCAACGGCUUUACAGUAUCCUGUAUGUUUAUAAAUAAAAUGUUGAAAAAUCAAA